CAGGCCGGGGCCGUCCCGGUAAAGCGGCGGCGCGGGCGGAGUGGCCCCGCAUCAUGGAGGGGCACCUGGCUCGUUGCAAGAUCGUGGUGGUGGGGGACACGCAGUGCGGCAAAACCGCGCUGCUGCACGUCUUCGCCAAGGACUGCUACCCCGAGAGCUACGUGCCCACCGUCUUCGAGAACUACACGGCCAGCUUCGAGAUCGACAAGCAGCGCACCGAGCUCAACAUGUGGGAUACCUCAGGCUCAGCCUAUUACGAUAACGUCCGUCCCUUGGCCUACCCUGACUCAGAUGCUGUGCUCAUCUGCUUCGACAUCAGCCGCCCGGAGACCCUGGACAGUGUGCUCAAGAAGUGGCAAGGGGAGACUCAGGAGUUCUGCCCCAAUGCGAAGAUUGUGCUGGUUGGCUGCAAGCUGGACAUGAGGACGGACCUGAACACGCUGCGGGAGCUGUCUAAGCAGCGCCUCAUCCCCGUGACACACGAGCAGGGCAGCGCGCUGGCACGGCAGAUCGGGGCAGUGGCCUAUGCAGAGUGCUCCUCCAAGGUCUCAGAGAACAGCGUGAGGGAUGUGUUUCACGUGACCACGCUCGCCUCGGUCAACAGGGUGCACAAGAACUUGAAGCGCAGCAACUCCAAACGGGGACUGAAGAGGGCAUCACAGAUGCCUGGCAGGACGGACUUACUGACCGACACAGAGAUCAGGAAAGACCGAGCCAAGAGCUGCUCCAUCAUGUGAAAAACAGGCUGUAAAUUAUGUGUGUGUGUUGUCCGUUUUGUACAGUAACUGAGCUGAGCCAAGGGCAUGGUGCAGGCUGCAGGAGCCAGCCCGCCUUUCCAAAGCCUUUCUCUCAGUCUCUAGGGCUGAGCCAAGGUCCCAGCUGCAAACUGGGGGGGUGCAUGAAUUGCUCCCCUCACUGUGGAGACUUUUGGGUUGGCUGCUGCUGUGUGGAUUGUGUGGAUUGCUUAGGGUGAAGGAGCCUCUUGGCAGAGGAGUAUUUGGGUGCUGGAAAGUCUGUGAGUGGGUGAAUCAAAGGGAGUGAUCCUCUGUGUUGUUUGACACUCUCGUGCUCACAGCCCAGGCUGUGGGCAGCUGUGCACACACGGUGUGAGGUGGUGGUGGGAUGCGUGGGGCCUGGGCUGGAGGGUGGGAGAUGGGUACAAUUGCUGUCAGCAGAGUGCAAUCAGGAGAAGCUGUUCUCCCAAUCUUUCUUUAGAAGAGAAAUGAUGUUUGAGGUGGUGCUGCCUUCAGCUAAGCUGGACAGCAAGUCGCCAUGGAAGGUGUAGAGCUGGGCCAGGGCUGGGAGGGAAGGCACCCUGGGAAGGAACCUUAACCUGAUGAGACAGCAUGGAAAUCCACUUCUUGUGAGCAAAACAGACAGGAGGCUCUUUACGUGGUACUUUGGGUACUUGAACCCCAUUUGACAUGCAGCGGAGUGGAUCUGUCUCCAAGGGAGAGGUCUAUCCCAGUAGAUGCAUCCUGAGAAUUGUGGUUCCCUUCAGCAAGCAAAUGCUAGUCGGGAGCUUGUGUCCCAGUUGCUGACAGCCUGGUUUACUCCUCAGGCUGCUCCUUGCCAUGGGCAGCUGCGCUUUCUGAGGCACGUGGCUUCCCAAAAAGCAGACUGCAAUAACUACCCAUAUCCUGCUCUCCACCCAUUUCCAGCUGCAGAUUGUGUUGCAUGGUGCUGUGUUUGUCUGGUAUGGAUAACCAAAAAGGGGAUAUGUAUAUCUGUACUCUGUCUUUACUGUGGCAAUGGGAGAGAAGGGGCUCCCUGCUUCUCUUACCCUAUACUGUACAGCCUCCUCCCAACACCUCCCAUUGCUUCUGCUGCUGCCCUCUCUAAAUGCCUUUGACUACAGUGUUAGCCUUGACUUAAUAUCACAUAGACACUUUAAGGAAAAGAAAAAGAAUCUGCUCCAUUGCCAGAUCCAGCUGUGUCAGUGGGCUACAGAAAACAAAUAAACGUCAUUGGG